CCAGCCAUUUUAAAAACUUGUGCGCAGAUGACACGCCCAUGGUAAGAAGAGCAGCUUCUGGAAAACUAGGAGAAUUUGCAAAAUGUGUGGAGCUUGAGUUUGUCAAAGCAGACCUAGUGUCACUGUUCAAUAACUUAGCUAAUGAUGAGCAGGACUCUGUGAGACUACUUGCUGUCGAGGGCUGUUCAAGUAUUGCAUCAGUUCUGCCUGAUGAGGAUAAAGAAUCUCUUCUUAUGCCCACAGUCAGAGCUGCGGCACAGGACAAGUCAUGGAGAGUGCGUUACAUGGUUGCAGAUAAAUUUACAGAGGUAGGUAGCUUCCAAAAAACUGUUAGCCUUUGUUUUAUAACAAUCAAAUUCUUUCAGGUCCAAUGAGACCAAUAAGAAGAUUUUAAUAUUGGUCGAGAUGUUGAGAUUAAAUAACUGAUCUGCCAAUCAAGAGGGGGUUGCUAAUCUUGCCAACCACAAGAAAAGCAGCUUAUUUGGUGAACUAAUGAGAACCUCAUGGAAAAGCAUUUAACUGAUGCCAAGAAUGGGACAAUGCAUAAUAUUGUGUAAGCCAAGUCACAAUUGUAGGGGUGCACGGAAAAAAGCCCUAAGCAACUCUUGAUCUCAUGUCAAAUUCUCCUUUUUUCAUUUAAAGAAGUGGAAGGCAAUUUGCUAGGAGAAUUUUGCAGUCUAUCAGAU